AUGUCUUCCAUGACGACUCUGGAAAGGAGUCUCUCCUGUACCUCCAGCACCUCUCUCUCCAUGUCCAGCCCUCGCCUGUCUGUUCGACGCGAGACCACACCGCCCGGCUCCGAACUAUCCCUCACCCACCUCCAUGACCGUAUGAACCAGUUGGACUCGCGGGUGCUCGAGCUGCGGUCCAACGUCCUGACCAAGGACGGCUACGUUGACCGCCGCAACCGCGAGGACGAACACAUACGCCGCGAAUUCGAGAAUCACCGUGCCAUCUCUCACCGUAUCGAUCUGAAUGUUGUUGCCCUUCGCUCCGAUGUUGAACAAAUUAAGACGAGUAUCUUCCAGUUGAAGUCCAGUAUCGGCCAAGCGGGUACUGAGACCGUGUUUCUGCGAGGAGAUGUCGAUCGUUUGCAGAAGAGCGUGGACCAGCUUCAGACGGAUGCUGAGCAGAUGCGAUCGGAUGUUUGUGCUGCGCGAAUUGAUAUCAGCAAGCUCCAAUCCGCCACGAACCAGCUUCGGACGGAUCUCAUCACUUUGGAGCACAAAAUCACUCGCCAGUUGCACGCAAUGGAUAUGAAUUUCACUAUGCGCAUGGAUGCCAUGGAGUCACGGAUGAGGCAUUCGGAGCGGGUCCGGUUCAACUCUCUGGCCCAUACGACACAUGCUCCCAUCAACCCUGUUCCCGUUAUUCUUGAUGACGGUGCCCUCGAAUGGCCCAAAUACUUCCCGCGUACUGUGUGGAGGUUCUGGUGCCUGAAGAAACGCAGUCGAGUUCAUCGUUUGGUUGAACUGGCCGAAUUUUACCAACUGGGUGGUUACCAGGAUUGGUGCCACAUGAAUCCCACUGAACUCUUCGCCGAUGAUAGCGAUUCCAGCAGCUCAAGUGAUGGGUCCAACAAUAUGACUCGUGAGGAAGCUGUUCGUCGCUUCCCGGAGGCCGCACACCAAGCACUGGCUGCCACUCUAGGCCUAGUGUACUAUAAAAUUCGCAAUGAAGUGGGAGAUGGUCCUCACGGCCAAGCUCCCAUCGCUCGUCCGCCGAAGAGGCAACAAGAGGAUGUCGUCUCUACCAGCACCAGCACCAAAUCCAAACCGGUGAAGAUGCCCCGUCGACCUAGUGUGUCGGACACAUUCCUCCACCGGCUCAUUACGGGACCCUCGAUUGCUUCAAAGUCAUCCACUUCCGGUGAGGAAAUGGACAAGCUGGGAUGGAACCCGUUCUCUGAUGUUUCGGAAGAUGCUAUGAGCAAACUCCGAUCCAUCGAUCCGCAUGAUAUUGGCAAUGUACUUCGUGCCCUCGAGCAGGGCCGGCUGAAGAUGAAGCCCAGCGGAUCUGAAAAGGCGAACAUGUCGCCGACCGAGUCAAAAGCUAGCCACCCCGUUGGCAAGACGAGUGUCCCUGGCGCCACGGCUCAGGAUGUACCUACUAUUCCGAACACCGUGCCAACCCAGCCACUAUCGUCUUCCGAGGCCGCCAGGGUCUCGGUGGCUUUCAAGGCUCCGGAACAAGUCUUCCAUGAAGAUGCCUCUUCAUCUGGAAGCACAAGCUCGUCGGAAUGA